AUUACAAGGAGACAAUAAGGGAAUACAGCAGUGUCUCUUCACAACUGCAAUGCCGGCUGCUGCAACACUUUAUACUCCAUUGAGAAAGGCAGGUUACAGCUAAGGGGGAGGGACAGAUUCCCCCUCCUUCCAUGAUAUCCUUUAGCCGAGGAGUCAAUUUGCAGACUUCAAAUGGUUCCGUGGGGUCAUUGUACUCACACCAUCCCAUUUGUUGUACUUUUGUGUUCUGGAGGAAGCCUUCAAGUAAUAGUGAGUUUAUUUAGCUGCAGAAAGUUUGGCGAACUCCAGUUCAUUCAGGGGCCUGCUAACGGCAGGGAAAGUUCAGCUCUCAGCUCCAGAGCUCAGUGACGUUAAUAAGAUCCAGAGCCCCAAGAGUUGGACAGCUGUGGUCUUCUUUCUCCUCUGCCCUGAACGGUUCCUCCCUCGGGCUGGCCUUGCGCUGUGUACCUUAAAGAUGGGGCAAGAGGACAACAGGAGAAGGGGAAAGGCGAAAUAAGCUGAAGCUUGACGGCAGGCGAGUGAGCGCUUCUGCGAGAAGUUUGGGUUUUUGCUCUGCCUGCGCGUUUGGAGGAGCGGGAGAAGAAGCGCUCGGAGGACCGGAGGGAAGCCUCAGGCUGGUGUCCCUGUCGGAGGGGCAGGAGGAAGAGGCGAAAGGGUCUCCUUGGAGGGAAGUGCCAAGACUGGCCCGAUUGGAAGGCUUGGAAGGGGCUCCUAGAAGAAGAAGAAGGCGAGGAGGAGGAGGAGAGGAGGAGGGAGCGGCUGCGUGGCCGCGCUGAGGCAUGGAUGUGGGCGCCCUCCUUUCUUCAGGCCAGACCUCCGCCUCCGCCCGGGCCUCGUCCUCGUCCCCUCCGGCCCUGAGCGGCCCCGCGCUGCCUCCGCCGUCCCUCCGCCUCGGCCCGGGCUGCCCCUUUCCAGUAUGUUUCUUCCCGUGAGGCGUCGCCCCGCGCCCGGAGCUUCAGGACAAUGUGCAGAUGGAGACUGAGCCAGGGUGCCACCGCCGCCUUCGCCCACCUGCCUCCUCUUCCUCCUCCUCCUUCCUCCUCUGCUUCUUUCCGUCGGGGCCGAGGAGUCUUCCUGCUGCUCUUCUUCGGGGCGGCGAUGGUGCUGGGCGUGAUGCCGCCCUCGUCCUGGGCGCUGCCUUGCCGUGAGGAUGACAGGCUGCUCCCGGGAGGCAGGCACAACGCCUCCUCUUCCUCUUCCUCUUCCUCCUCCUCUUCUCCUUCUUCCAGCGCCGGGAGGCACGUGCGGAGCUAUGAGCACCUCCGGGGCGACGUCCGCUGGAGGAAGCUCUACUGCUUCAACAAGUAUUUCCUCCGCAUCGAGAAGAACGGCAACGUCAGCGGCACCAAGAAGGACAACUGCCCCUACAGCAUACUGGCAAUAACAUCUGUGGACAUUGGAGUUGUGGCAGUGAAAUCCAUUAACAGCAAUUAUUAUCUAGCCAUGAACAAGAAUGGAAAAGUAUAUGGAUCUAGGGAGUUUAACAAUGACUGUAAACUAAAAGAGAGGAUAGAAGAAAAUGGAUACAAUACAUAUGCAUCAUUCAUUUGGAAGCACAACGGAAGGCAAAUGUUUGUGGCUCUAAAUGGAAGAGGGGCCACAAGAAAAGGACAGAAAACCAGGAGGAAAAACACCACAGCUCAUUUUCUCCCAAUGGUCGUGGAGCCUCAGAUGAAGGACCUGUUCUAUUGAUAGCAGUUGAACCAAAGAUCAUUUGUCACAAAUACUUUGUAAUCCUCUUGAAGAGGAAAGGCAGAAACAGUGCAGACGUCUGCUUGAUUGAAAAGAGGAGGGAAGCCUUUGAAGGUUUUGUGCUCUCUGCUGGCACAUGAAGUACUUCUAAUUAGGUCUGUGUCAUAUCUUAUAAUCAAGACACAAGCUGGAUCAAAUGGGAUGGGAGCUCCUUCCAGUGUGAACAAAUUUAUUAUUAUUAAUAAUAAUAUUAUUAUUAUUCAUCUUGCCGAUAGAACUUAAAGGACAUAAGACAAUGUAUUGAAUGAUGUUCGGUGGAAGUUAUUUAUGGAAUACUAACUCAUAUCAAAGACCUUCACUGCUCAUUCAAGCCUGAUGAUCCAAUGAACAGUGAGGCACGCAAGCAUUUACUGGAAGCACAUGGAUCAUAUGCAGAAAUAAAGAAGAUUCUGGGAUGGUGUUGUGGAAGAAAUGAAUAGGAUUAAGAAAUAUAAGCACAUUAGAGUAAAACUGUUCUAACAAAAUAAAUAGUAUGGUCCCCUCCUUGUAUGCUAAUGCCAUGGCUUUGUAUUUCUCCCUAAAUUAUUUAUUUAAUAGGAUGUUAAAUAUCUUUCUUCUCUUUUUUUGUUUGUUUUGAAGGAGUUUCUCUGUUGCUUCCUGUUAUGUGAUUGUCCUUUUCCUUCUUUCAGUAUUGUAUACAAGAUCAACCAAGACAGAUGUCAAAUGCUUAUAUAAGUAGCCAAGACUAGAGAAUCUCUAAAGCUUAAAAGAAAAUCUAGGGCGGUGGUUUUUGUUUCAUAUCAAUCCCCAUUCUGGCUUUAUUUCCUUCUUUUUCUUCUUUCUUGGAACUUGACUUUGUCUUUUUAAAAUUUUGCACUUAAAAUCAAUAGGGUCAGAUAUGCAUGGGAGUUACAACAUGAACUCUGCCUGCCAGAUUUCACUAACAUCCUUGAUACUUUUGUCCCUCACAGGAACAAAACUUCCCAUAAUGCAUCAUCUGAAGACUCUUGCUGCUGUUUUAAAAUGGACAAGUUGAACUGGUCCUCAAAUGUGCAUUUCUAGCCAAAUGGAUUCAGUUCAAUGCCUGAUCCCAAAUAUGGUGAAACAACUAUUUGCUUGAUUGUUUGUGGGGGGAAAGCUAUAUAGCAUCCUAUAAUUGUGAUAUCAUAUCUUUUCAGAGUAAAGCUGGAUUACGUUUGUGGAGCUGAUGCCAUCUGGUGUAGAAAUUUACCCUUUUUCCCAAUCUUCCAAACAGUUAGUAAAAAAAGAGAGCCAAAUCUUAUCAUCUUUCAACUCAGUCAAAAUACUUCAGAAUAGCCUAUAUAUAUGAGAGAAAGAAUGAAUAUUGGCAGUCUUACUCUAUUCUUAGAGGAUAAUAUUUGAAAGCUGCCCUAAAGCUCAUCACAUCAGUUUAGGAUGGAGUAUAUGUGCUACUAAUGCCAAUGGCAAACAUUAGUAUUGGAUCCUAUUGCAAUUCGACAGUUAGAACUGGAAAUAUUUUAGCUGAAAAUACAAGAUCAAACUAAGUAUCAAAGAUGUGCAUUUUCCUGCACAUGAGUGCACUGCACUGAGCAUCAAAUAUGUGUUUGCAUUCCUCAGAGAUCUUGCUUUUGAAAAUUACAAAGUUCAUUUGGGGUAGUCAGUUGAGAAACCUUUCAUGCCAGACUGCCAAUAGACUUGAAUGGGCUUUAUCACCAAACAAGAAGUAGCUGUUUCUUGCUACUUUCUAUCAUCAACACAUUGCUGAUUGGGAGGUUCUGUUUUUACCUCUGAAUGGAAGGCAGCAAUGCCUUUUGCCAUUUUUGCUUAAUGCUGUUUUAAUCUUCUCUUUCUUCAAAAAGAUUUGUGAUAUAAAGCCCUCAUCAUGGCAACUUCCUACUGAGAAGGUCUUCCAGCGAGGUCCUGUCUGCUGUAUUACAGUGACUUGACAUGAAGAAAUUGCAACACUGAUUAUCCACUGUUAUUUAAAUGUGAAAUAUGGAAAAAAUCCUCCUCUAAUGUAUUCUUGACUCAAAGAACUAAAAAUCACUAGAUAAAAAUAUUCCUGAACUGUGGCACUUAAGAUCAUGAGUAAUUAUUACUUAUAUAUUCAGAGAAACAGUCAACUCUGCACAACUAUAUCUAUUGCUACUUACCUAAUUAUACACACACAGAUAACAUAUAUUUUUAGUUUUGUGUGCAUACAUUUCUAUAAACAGAGAGACUGAGAAAGAUAGAGAGUUGGCAAUCACCUGUGUAUAUAUAGAUGUUAAGUUCCCAAGUUAAUAUUUUAGGGAGAAAUCUGAAAUCCAGAAGGUAGACUCUUGUGAAGCCACAGGGAUGUGUCCUUUCAUUGUCAUAGAGGCAAGACUGAGAAGGGUUGAGAGAGAUCCAGAAGUGUUUCUAGGCCAGCUGAUUUUGGAAAUGGGCAUGGAAGGCAUUGAAGUAGAUGAGCAAAAUGGAGGUGACAUGGUAAUCCAGACCCAAGGAGAAAAACAAAAUAGAGGGCAAAAUAUAUCCAGCAGAUACAGCAGUUACUGCCAUUCCUGCUAGGACUAUCCCGCUGUUCAAUCUUAGCUGCAGGAAACAUGGCACAUCCAAUUUGUUUCCAAAUGCUGUGCUUGAGGAAUAUGGAAGACCCUGUCACAAUGUUCUUCCCCCAGUUCCUCCACCACAUUAUGCUUGUGCAAGUGGAAUAUUCAUGGGUCGUGACUCUGGCACUCUACUUGCUGCCCUGCUCCAGGUGACAAGAUAUCCCCACUAAUCAAUAGCUCUGUGUCCAAUCCCCUCCUAAUUCUCCAGGCUAAUAUCUAGUAAAACACCAGUCAGUACUGGAGCUAGCUGGAAACUGUUGGAAAGGAUACCCAAGCUUUAACACAACCUCAUAUAUAAAACAUAAACCUUCUCUUCUCCUAGAGGUGCUCACUCUGAGAUUUGUCUUCUUAACUGGAGACUUGGAAAAACAUAGCAAAUUCCUGAUGCUUCAGCCAGCGCCUUAGAAUGCCAAUUGGAAUAAGAAUAGGUGGAGAUGAAAAUAUAGAUUCUCUGUGUACAAAAAGCAAGACAUCAGUAAAGUAGGCACUAGCCUAGCUUUCUCGUUCAUUUUUAAUGUGUGAGAUGGUGGUUCUCUUUCAUAGGAGAGCAUUCAAACAAUCAAUUCUCCAUCUGCAGCCUGAAGCAGUUUAGAAGAAGAUUUACAUAUCCUCAAGCUAUCACAAUUUGGUAGAGGAUGGUUCCAAUUAAUCCUCUGCCAUCCCAAAUUUUUGGCUGCUUUAACAAUGCCCUGGUUCCUAUCUCCUUUACCCACUUACCCCUUUGUCCUCGGGUUACGUCAAUUCGUCCAAAAAGGCUUUUUAUAAUAACCUUUGCGGUCUUGACAACACUCUGAUGUUGCUUGACUACACAUGUCCUAGUUCUCAUCUGGGAAAUGUUGGAAAAUAUGAAUUUACAAUAUGAUCUGCUAAGACAAAAGUCCUGUUCCUUCCUAAAGUAAAAGCUGUAUAAUCCCUUAAAAGUAAUGUGGAUGCUGGUGUUCCUCUACCCUUGCCCACUCCAAUACUACCUAGAAUAAUCACAUUAGAGUGAACAGAUCUACUCCAAAGCAAGUGACUUGAGGACUGCAGCCACUAUUAUCUUCUGUGUAUAUAACUUUUGAGAGCCAAUCAAAAAAGCAACAUCUUUCUUCAUUUAUUGCAAUAUAUACAGUGGCUCUGAAAUGCAAUAUUGGGUAUAUUUUUUAACAGAGUGCUCCUAUUUUCACGGCUUACACUGAGUAAAUGCAGUCUUCAGUUAAACAUACUAUCGCCUUUGUUCAAUUGAAAAAAAAGCCUAUAUGAUUUUUUGUUUUACUUUUUGUUUCCUCUUUAAUUUUAGAGAACUGUGGAUAGUUCGUCAGUAUAACCAUAAUGAGAUUCAUUUUGUUAGAGCAAGUUAAGUAGAAAACUGUACAUCAAGUCAACAUGUACCCCACUCUUCACAUUGUAUUCCACUAAAUAAAUAAAUAAAUGUGUAUGUCUUCUGUGCAGUGUCUGUAGUGGGGAACAGAAGUAGUUUUAUUAAUACUAAGUCUGAUCAAAAUGCAUUCAAAGAACUAUAUUGAUGCUGCAGUUUUGUCUUUUGAUAUUUCUUGUCACAAAAUAAAUCAGUUCAGCUGUCAUUGUUUGAUCAUA